AUGGAAAGGAACCCCAAGCGACGGAGCACCGGCUCGCAGUCGAGCAACCCUUCUUCCCUGCGACACUGUUCCUACCCUUCCCCGACCUCCUCUUCGCCCCCCAACACCUCGUCCCUGCAGCCCGGGCGCAAGUUGAAGCAUAGGUCCGCCCCCCCGAAGCCUCUUGCCCUCACCCGGAUCAAGGGAACCAUCACCAUGGAUCCCCCGUCGCACCUGAGUUCACGUCCGAAAUCCUCAGAAAUAUCUUGGUUGAAUGACGCAUCCCCCAUGUCGGCCACUCCCAGAACUGCGACCCCCCGAACGCCGCAGCGAUCCAGGUCCGGUAGGCACAGCAAUAACCCUACAAAUGCAGCCAUGUCGAGCGUGGGGGGCCAGACGCCGACUGACAAACGUCUGUCAGGAACCCCGGAGCCCGUCCCGCCGCUGGUGAACCCGUCCUCGGCUCUCCUACAGGAUCUGCUCAACGAGCAGCGUGCGACGCGAAGCUCCAAGAGUGCUGCAUCAGAAGACAUGAAACCGUCCGCUCCCCGCACGCCGGAACGAUCGCACUCCCGCUCCCAGUCCGGAUCUCAAUCACCGGCCCAAUCCCAAUCUCGAUCCCAGUCACAGGAAGAGGCGGCCUCAGAGAAGCAGCGGAAGAUUCAGACUGCGCUGUCUUCCGGGCAGAGACAGCCGCAUGAGAUGGGGAUGCGUGAAAUGGGCGAGUAUGUCUCUAAACUCAACAAACAAAACUUCGAUUUGAAGCUCGAAAUCUUCCAUCGUGUGCAGCAGAUGGGCGCCAUGGAGAAGAAACUGCACCGGAUGGACAAAAUGGAAGAGGAGGUGCGCCGUCUGCACAGGUUAGAAGAGGAGCUACAAGAGCUCCGGGACGCCGAGUCCGACAACCAGCGACUGCGCGAGUCCAACGAACAGCUACGACAGGAGAUUGACCGGCGGGACCACGCAAUCACAGAGGCCGUCGACAUGAUCUGUUUCCUGGAAAAUAAACUAACCCGGCCGCAGCUUGGUGCGGACUCGCGACCCUCUACGGCUCGUUCGUAUGACGAUAGCCCCGGUGCUACGACCCCAACGCAAGCUACGACGGUGGAUAUACCGGAACGAACGUCUUCAAAGCGAGCCAUGCUCUCACGGCACCGUCGGAUAUCCCCGGACUCCCGCUUCCUCAAGCAAACACCGUCGUUCUUGUCGGAUGUGACCAAGGGUGCCACAGCCCUUCGGAGCCUGUAUGUCCCCGCUGACACCCAGUCUCAUUCUGCAAUGAGCGAGAUCACGAAGUCGGAGAGCUUGCAGUCGAUGACCGACACAAUGGAUCCCCCAUCGCCGCGACUCAGUGCUUUGAGCGAAUGCAGUGAACUGUUUCCCCCACAUGACGGCGAGAAUGGGCUUGAUCAAGUCGACAUCUCGGUCAAAAAGCGAGACUCGACUGACAGUGAUGGAACAGAGGAGGCCAGGCAAAGCCAUAUCGACCAUUGGGUUCAACCCCAACGCGACAUCUUCUUGGGUGAUGUCCCGGGACAGGAGAUGGGACCGACGAAUCUCUUCAAACAAGCCGACAAAUCCAGCUUCGAGAGUGGCUCAGGUAAUGGUUCGAGUCAGAAAACACGACUGGAGAGUGUGUUUGGAAGUUCUGGGCUCCCCCCUACGCCAGACACCAUGAGCACCGCAUACGCUGGGCCGAAUCGCUCCAAUGGCAGCAUCGUAGCGGAGAAGAGCUUUGUUGACCGCGCUCUGGCCAUGAGCUAUCCACUUCGUCGUCCGCGCUCUGCAGACGAGCUUACAGCCAAACGGAGCUCGGGAAACAGCGAGGUUGUCGAUAGUGUGGUCGCUAACGUGGGCGAUGUCCCGCCUUCUGGAACCAGCCUUGACGGGGACGAGUCGCCUACUUUCUUCCCGCUGAAUAGCAUCACAUCCCGAGAUGGCCAUCUAUACAGCCACACGCCAGUCGAUAUUUCGCGGUACAGCUCCUACGGUCGAAACGAAUUACUGAACGGACAAGGUCUCGAGAGGGUUCUUUCGAAGCUCGACAACAGCUACUACGGCUCAAUGGCACGUCGCGAGUCGCUACAGGAAUCCGCCAGCUCGUUGUCUUCAUCGCCACCUCUGACUCCCCAGGAUUGGAUCGAGGCAGCCAAACCCCACCCCAAUGGAAGAAAGCAAUCAUCUGACCUGCUACAAAUUCCGAAUAAAGCAGCAAGCUCUCGACUUGGCGCACGGACUCCCAGCCAGUCUUCCUUCCUGGGUCGUCGACACAGCAUCGACUCCAACAUCCGGGACUCGGACGUUCCUAUGAUCCCUACGCUUGACCUGCGCUCAUUGGACCAGGGUCUGCAAACCGAGGAGUCUGACGAUCGCCGGAUGAUCGGCCGGAAAAUCAGCCUUCGACCUCCCUUUUUCGCUCGCUCCGCUCCCCCGCGUCGUCUCCAGCCUUCUCUCCUGCCCGAAGGCAUGGACAUUGCUGAUGGUGCACCCGCCCCGGUCAUCCACAAAGCGCGAAACCCGGCACACCCUAAGUUGACUAAAAAGAGCCACGCCGUCGACGAUGGCCCUGGACCUACCACAUCCACCGAUACUGUCACUCAACGAUCGAUCCCCCAUUCCUUCACCGAAUCCGGCUUCCUGAACAAUACCGCCAACAGCAACAACAGCAAUAACAGCAACACCCGACCCAACAGCAAAGACAACGACAAACACAAGAGACGCAGCUCUCUCGGCAUCUUUGGAUGGAUGAAGGGAGCCAGCGGGCUGGGCAAGAAAACUGACGGCGAUCAUCAUCACAAUCCUCCGGCGAAGUCUGCGGCCGCCCCGCCUCCUCUCGUAUCCGCUAUGCGGAAGACAUCAGAGUUUUCUACGACUUUCCCGGAGGCAACCCGGACGUUUGAUGUGGGGGCCAUGAAUAUUGCCAUUGAGGACUUUGCGUCGAAGAAACCGCGGGCCGAGGAGGAUGAGCCGGGACGGAGACCGAGGUAUAUGGAUCGGAGGUCGAGGAGGGGGUAGAUUGAUAUCUAUCUAGUUGUUAUGCUGGUUAUGCUGGUUAUGAUAUGGUUGGUUGGUUUUGAUGAUUGUCUUUCUGUCUUUCUUUUUCCCUUUCUGACAUAUCGUCGUUUAUUCGCUUGCUGGUUUUAUGUUUCGUGUUGUUGAGUCAGUCUGUUUGUGUUUGCUUUAUCUAUCAUGAUACCCCAUGAGUUAUUCACUUACUUACUAUCUAUCUGCCUUGUUCUCUUG